AUGUGGAAAUCGCCAAUAGCCUUCCUUCUAAUUGCAGCCGCCAUUGGCCUGGCUCCUAUUGCCGAAGCAAGAAUCUACGAUCGCUGUUCAUUGGCCAGAGAACUACAGAUCUUGGGUGUACCCCGUUAUGAGCUGUCCAGCUGGAUUUGUAUUGCCGAGCGAGAAUCGACCUAUAAUAGUUAUGCUGUUGGUCCGCCCAAUUGGGAUGGUUCUCAUGAUUAUGGUAUCUUUCAAAUAAACGAUAAAUAUUGGUGUGCACCACCCAGUGGCGCCUUCAGUCAUAAUUUGUGUAAAAUCAACUGUAAUGACCUGCUGUCGGAUAGCAUUGCUGCAGAUUUACAAUGUGCCCGCUUAAUCUUAAGGGAGCAGGGUUGGAAGGCAUGGUCGGUGUGGCAAUAUUGCAAUAAUGCAUUGCCAUAUAUUGAUGAUUGUUUUUAA